AUGGAGCAAGAAACAACAAAAAUUCUGAGUCCAUUAUUCAAUGACAUGGUUUGGCUGAAUAGAGCGUACUUGAUAUUGAAGGGACAAGGUUUACAAGAAAGCGAAGGACGUUUUAAAACUCUAGUUUUGAUAUUGAAUGGACGAAUUAAGCAUUCGUUGAAGCUUUCAUUCGAUGCUGGGAUUUUACGUACCACCAAAAUCUUCAGCUAUAUACUUGAGUUGGACGCUUUAAUCAGGGAAGUAAUGGAACUGCCCCGCACUCCAUCCCUGGACCACUUCCAGUCGUUUGCUAAAGGCAUCUUAUUCCGCAACAUUGGCGACACAUUUCUUCUCCUUCACCAUAUAGAGAAAGGAAAUAGGAUGUACGAGGAGUUGGCAUUUGUCAGUUAUUCAAUCGCAUACGAUAUUUUUUACAAAGCAUCACCUGUCUCAUCUCUGCUUGCUGCUAUCUUUGUACUUGAAACGUUUGUACUGCGUACACUACUCCAGCAUUUCAAUAGGGUCAAGUUAUCCAAUUCGACGACACAAUUGGUUGGAGAACGUUUGUAUGCUGCAUGUAGCGGUGUUACCACAUCUCGUUCUAAAUCAUUCAUGAUUUCAAUAAAUUCGGUGCCAAGCACUCAUGAAACACAUCAUAUAGAACAGAACAAAAUCAGCAGAUUGAUCAAUUUAGCUGAUAAAAACGAUUUUUUGAUUAACUUAUUAUGGCUAUUAGCUUACAACGGCGAUAUGCGUGAUAACGCUUCCUUCUUGGAUCUUUUCCUGAAAAAUAUACCUGCCGAGACUUCUGGUGAUGAUCUGCAAUCAUUUACUUUGUCGUCAUUUUGCAAAAUUGAUGCAAAAGUGCUGUUGUUAGGAGCGGCAAAGUGGUCUGAGCUGUGCACAUCUCAUGUGCAAAAAUAUGGUAUUUCCAGUUUAAGUAUUCUGCCGCCAUUAGCAUUUGCGCAACCUAAUUUUAUUGUGCUUAAUUUCUGGAAGCUGUUAUUGUCUUUCAAUAAGGAAUCACGGAUUAGUCAUUCAAGUCAACUGUGCUCUGAGAAUAGAAUAAUAAUAGCAGCUUUGGAAGCGUCUAGACUACGUGGUGAGAUUCCUGAUGUGCGUAUUGUUGAUUAUGUUCGUAAAUGGCUUGUUGCUAAUGGAAAUGCACUUGGUGACACGAAAGGGAAUUGGGCCAAAUUGUAUUCUCGAGUGUUUAUGGAUCUUAUCAAUGGGGCUCACUAUGCAAAUCAAGGUGUCUCAACGGAGGAUUCAUUUUUUCCACCGUUAAAUGAUUCGGAUUAUGAUAUGCUCGAUGAUGCCGAAAAAUGGUUUUCUCUUCAGAAUUCAUCUGUAUCUCAUAAUGCCGAUCUGGUUUUGGAUGAGUCCGCGGAAUCAAAGCUCGGCACUUUGCCUAGCAGUCAGACAGAAUCUAUAGAAGAUGCACCUAUUAAACCGAAGAGCCUUUUACAACGCAUAUGUACAUCAGCAAAAGCUAUGUUGCCUAGUGAUUACAAUAACUCAGUUAUCUCUUCUUCUUGUGCACCAAAAAAUGAUAGCAUUAAGGCGCUGGAGCUACUGACCAAGGAUUAUAAAACGAAGUGCAAAAACGAAGCAUCUACAAGCUUUGAAUUGAAUGAUUUAUCGUCUGUUAUUAAAAAGAACAAAGUCGAAGAGAAUUUAUAUGCAGAAAUCAUUAAAAUGCAGAACGAGCAUGCAUGGGAUGUUUGCAAGCUUGUACAAACGAUAAAUUCGUUAGAAGAAACAGUAAAGCAGUAUUCAAGGCAAUAUGCAAAUGAUUUAGCCAUUUAUACUUCAAAGGCCUACAAACAAGGUUAUAAUGAUGGAUAUUGUUCAGCUCUGCAAACAAACAGUAAUGUUGCGAACCUGAGGGAAUCUACUGAUCAACAUGCAAUUUCAUCAAUAACACAAAAAAAAGGAUUUUUAGAAGAUCAAGAUCAGAAGGCUUCGGACGUUGAAUAUUCGCAUAAUCCUGACGGAUGCGUUGGUUGUGCUUCCGAAGAAGAACAAGAUCGAUUUUUGAGGAUACUGGACAAAUUGGCUGACAACGGUGUUGUUUGA